AUGACGCCCACCGUCUGCAAUCUGCUCGCCGAGGAACAUCGCCUAAACAAAGCCUACGUCAGUCGCCCUACUGACGAGAACGCAUCAGCCUUCUAUCGUUAUCGCCGCCUUGCGCAACAGGGGCUGUGGGAGAUGCAGGAGGCUUGGACGGUUCGCAAGCCCGAGGAGGUCCAAGGGCAUGCGGACUGCAACGAAUGGAAGAACUUCUACGCAUCUGUCAAGGCUAUCUACGGUCUCACGGCCAAAGGAACCUCGCUUCUGCUCAGCUCCAACGGAACUACCCUAUUCACUGAGAAGACGUGAAUUCUGAUGAGAUGGGCCAAAGACUUCAGAGGUGUCCUCAAACGCCCCUUCACCAUCUACGACGCCGUCAUUGCCCGACUGCCUCAAAUGGAGACCAACGCCGACCUCCACCUCCCGCCCUUUCUACACGAAACUAUCAGGGCUGUGCAGCAAAUCUUCAGCUUGAAAGUCCACGAAUCAGACGCGAUUCCAAUUGAGAUUUACAAGCACGGCAGUCUCCAACUCAUGGAUUACCUAAUAACGCUCAACCAGGAAAUGUACUCUCAGGGUAAUGUCCCUCAUGACUUCGAGAACCUCAAAGUCAUCUACCUCUGCAGGCGGAAUUGGGACCGCCAAAUCCGCAGCAACCACAGAGCAAUCCCGCUGCUCACCAUCGGCGGAAAGAUUUUCGCUCGCAUCCCCAUCAACUGUCUCAACAAACAUCUGCAACAGGAUCUCUUGUCGGAAAGCCAGCGCAGUUUCCGCCGUCAUCGUGAAAUCACCGACAUGAUCUUCGCUGCGCGCCAGCUUCAGGAGAAGUGCCAUGAGGUACACAUCCACCUCUGCUCUGCCUCGCGGGGCUAA